GCAGUCAGUACUCACUGUCUGGUUGCUGGCCUACCCAUUCUCCCUCUAACAAAGCGCCGCCGUUUUUGCUCCUCUGUUAUCUUCGCCUUCUUCUUCCACUUCCUCCUCUUACCAUCCAAAAUCAGACAUAUAAAUAAAUAUUUUUAUUUUUUAACCAAAUUAUAUGCAAAAAAAAAAAAAAAAAAAAAACCACAACUUAUUCUCUCACACAGGACUAGAUUGUUUUAAGAAUGAAAUCAUUUUAUUUCCAAAAAUAUCAUAAUUUUUUCCGAGCUCCCUCCUUUACAAAACUGGUCCUGACAGCUGAAAUAUGAGCCGGUUUCGCUCCUCUACCUCCCUUCUUCUAUUUUUUUCUCGACUACCCUGAUUUUUAGUGCCCCUCGUAGGAAUUUAAGUGGGCCCUUUUUUUUUUCCUCGCUUCCUUCUCCUUUUUGGGCUUUUCGAUGAUGGGGGCUAGGGUUUGGCCAAGGCGGAUCGCGACUUUCUGCAUGACGGUGAUGAUUUUGGGAAGGCUAAGUUCCGCUGCCGCCGACCCUAGUAGGGUUUCGAUGUGUCCUAGAGAGUCCGUCGUAGAUUUGAUCUUUGAGUUUCUAGAUCGAAGCUAUGUUGUAUUUGGCAGUGUUGAAUCUCCUGAUUUCGUUGGGGUCACCGAGGGUGAUGAGGUUUCAUUACAGAAGGCACUGAGUAUGGUUUACAAAAACAGUCACAAAUAUGUAGCUGUGCUAUUCUAUGCAUCAUGGUGCCCGUUCUCUAGGAGUUUUAGACCCGGCUUCUCCCUCCUUUCCUCUUUGUUUCCUUCCAUUCCCCAUUUUGCAAUUGAAGAAUCAUCUAUUAGGCCGAGCAUACUUUCGAAGUAUGGAGUCCAUGGAUUUCCAACUCUAUUCCUCUUAAAUUCUACAAUGCGUGAUCGGUACCAUGGCUCUCGGACUUUGGGUUCUCUUGUUGCUUUCUACACCGAUGUUACAGGCAUCAAGACUGCAUCUCUGAACAAAGGAUCUCUGGACAAAAUUGUGCGCCCAUCAAACCUUGAAAAGCAUGAUAGAAAUGACCAGGAAAGCUGCCCAUUCUCAUGGGCAAGAUCACCAGAGAAUUUGUUUAGACAGGAGACGUAUUUGGCUCUGGCAACUGCAUUUGUGUUUGUGAGAUUGAUUUAUAUAUUUUUCCCUACCCUGCUUGUAGUUGCUCAAUUUGCUUGGAGAAGGCAUAUUCAGAACUUGAGAUUGGGGAGCUUGUUGAAGCAUCCUUGGGCUUAUCUGAAUGGAAUAAUACAAAUAUUCAAUUCUCUGAAGGAGCCUUGCAGGAAAAGUAAUUUACAAGGAGCGAUGAAUGCCAGGGCAUGGGCUUCCAAGUCCCUUGCUACGGUGUCAAUAGGGGAUGCAGGCACCAGCAGGGGUGCACCAAUAACUGAAUGCCGCUGAGUUUUGACAUCCCUGGUUACAGUUUAAUUUCGGGUCCACUGUUUGUGAUAAUGUGAAAUAUGUUGACAUUGUAGUAUCAAUUUGCAUUCGUCCAUAUGAUUUUGUAUACAAUUUAUUUUGCCAUUUAAGAAGCAAUAUAGAAAUCUACUGUGGAUGUAUGAAUGUUGAUAA